AUGGCAUGCUCCGACAGCCCCGCUGCAAACUCCUUCUUGGUGGACUCCUUGAUCAGCUCGGCCUCAAGCAGAGGGGAAGGAGGAGGAAGUGGCGGCGGAGCUGGAGGGGGUGAUGGAGGAGGGGGAGGCGGCGGUGGAGUUGGAGGAGGCGGCGGCAGUGGAGUCGGAGGAGGCGGCGGCAGUGGAGGCAACGGAGGCUACUAUCCCAACAACGGUGGAGUCUACCUGCCACAGACCUCCGAACUGUCCUAUGGGUUGCAAAGCUAUGGACUUUUCCCCGUCCUGGGAAAACGCAAUGAAGGUCCUUCUCCAAGCAUGGUCCCGGCUUCCCACACUUACAUGUCAGGGAUGGAAGUCUGGCUAGAUGCCCCGAGGUCCUGCCGCCUGGAAGAGCCAGAAAGCCCACAGGCCACUUCCUGCUCCUUCGCUCCCAGCAUCAAAGAGGAGAGCUCCUACUGCCUCUAUGACUCGGACAAGGGCCCCAAAGAGGCAACGGCCACCGACUUGUCGACCUUCCCAAGGCUAAGCUCAGAGGUCUGCUCCAUGAAUAACGUGACCUCCGGGGUGCCCGUCCCAGGCUACUUCCGCUUGUCCCAAGCCUAUGGCACUGCCAAGAGCAGCACCACCACCACUUCCUCUUCCUCCUCCACCUCCAGCAGCAGCUACAACAGUCACCAUCAUCACCACCACCAACACCAGCACCACCACCAUGCGGUGCAAAUGGUUGCCGCUUCCCAGUUCGCCCCACAGCCUCCAGGGCGCUUUGAGACUCCCCCAGUUCUGCCUCCAGUGCUGUCAGCCCCGGAUCAAGGGCGAAAAGAAGGCGAAGAGCCCUCCCCGCCCAGCACUUUGGCUUGUGUUUCCCAAAGUGGGGAGGAAGAAGCUCAGGCUUCUAGCUCGGCCGCAGAAGAACUCUCCCCGGCUCCUUCAGAGAGCAGCAAGCCCUCCCCUGAGAAAGGAAACUUAGGCAGCUCCAAAGGAGAGAAUGCAGCCAACUGGCUAACGGCAAAAAGUGGCAGGAAGAAGCGGUGCCCUUACACCAAGCACCAAACGCUGGAGCUGGAGAAGGAGUUCCUCUUCAAUAUGUACCUGACUCGUGAGCGUCGCCUAGAGAUCAGCCGCUCAGUCCACCUCACAGACAGACAAGUGAAAAUCUGGUUUCAGAACCGCAGGAUGAAACUCAAGAAAAUGAACAGAGAGAACCGGAUCCGGGAGCUCACAGCCAACUUCAAUUUCUCCUGAUGAACCCUACAGGCGCCUCUUUAUGGUCUAAGCAACCAGAACCAUCCCCCCCAUCCCACCACCAGAGCCCCAACCCACUCUACUCCACCUCACCUACCCAGGGCAGGGUUUAGCUGCUAGCACCUCCAUGGAUUUGAACCUUUCCAUCACAUUCCUAGCCUCUUCAUUGCCUGCUGGUAAUUGAAUUUUUAUUUUUUGUUUUUGUUUUGUCGGGAUAAAGCCAUAACGGUGCACACACACACACACACACACACACACACACCAAGCCAUGCCUCCUCUCCCGCUGCCUUCCUUUUACGCCCUCGACUCCGGUGCUGAGAAAUAGGAUUUUGCAGAACCCAAGAUGUCUAUUGUUCCGCCGCACCACCUUUUAGAAAAGUGAGCCAAAUCUAGUUGAAGGCAUAUUUCAUCGCCCUUUUUCUUUCACAUUCAUACACACACAAACAUUGGUGUCGGAGGUGUACCGCAGACUGAGUUACAUGUCUUUUCAGCCAUUUCGAUUUGGCCACAACGCUGCUUAAUACGGAUCCUUCUGGUUUGGGUUUGGGUUCAUUUUGCUUUUCUUCGAGUCCUCUUUUGCGCAAAAAUACCCCUUUCCCUCAAAACUGCGCAAAGGACGUCUGGUUCUCACAAGGGGUCAAGACUGUGAGUGUCAUUUGUCUGUAUGUCGGUGUGUCCCCCCCCUCUCCCCGCAAAAUAAUAUCACAAUUUUCAAUGUUUCCUAAAGGAAGGGAGGUGGCCGUGGUGGAUUAAAAUAUCUUUCUCCUCCCCUUUUCAAAAAAUAGGAAAGGUUUUGUGCUCAAAUCAUUACAGUUUCCGGCUCUAAGGAAAUACUUAAUGCUAGGUUUUUGCUUUGGGUACGUUUGGGUUGCCGCUAGUUAUGCUUCUCAAGCACAUUGUUAAACAAACAAACAAACAAACAAACAAACAACCCCCCCUGUUUUUGGAGGGAAAAAAUAAUAAUAGUAACUGUUGCCCAGUACAUCCAAAGGGGAAAGUCUGUUAUUCUGUGUAUAUUGCCCAUCAGAAUGGUUUCCUGAUUGUAUGAAAGAGAGAGAAAAUGAUGUAUUUCUUUGAUACUGUGAAGUUACAUGCAUUGCAAAGGUCAAGCGUGUGGUGCAAAGAGAAGAAAGAAUAAUAAUAAUAAUCUAUGAAUACAGAUGUGUAUAAAUUUCUAUUAAUAUUAAUAUUAAUAAUAUUAUUAUUAUUAAAUUGCCUAUACGGCUGGAAGCAAAGCAUUCUAUGUCAUUAUCCGAAAUGUUAGUUCUCGUUCUUGGGCCUGUUCUUACUUUCCAAACGAAUAAAUUAAAAUGGUUAAAGUCGCUGUGCGUGGUGGAGCUGAAAAGAAAACACAACACAACAUAGGUGCUGUUUAUAUUUCCUUAGAAGAAUAAAAGACAUGGAAUGAAACUCUCUCUCUCUCUCUCUCCCCCACCUCCACCUUCUUCCUUUUUCUUUUUAAACUUCGUUUUGUGACUUGUUUAUUCUCAGGUUCCUACUUUUAGAUCUCCAAGAACUUUUACAACAGGGGGGAUAGUUUGGCCCGAGCCCCCUGCAAUUACUUUAGGAAUCUAUUUAAAUAUUACCUAGACGGUCGUAAUUUGUCUGGGCCGAAUAGCAAUGGUGCUCUAAGGUUUGUCGGCUUUUGUUCAGUUUUAUGACUUUGCUAGUAUAUCUGGAUUGUUGCUGCUUUAGACAAGGAGGGUCAGUUGAAUGAGAAGCUGACCGGGCAGAGGAAGCCUGGAGCUAUUUCUUUGUAUGUAACAGAUAACAUGUGUUGGGGUGUGUGUUUAAUUUUUUUUAAUAUAGAUAUAGAUAUAGAUAUAUAUUUCUAACCUACUGCUUUAGAGGUUGAGGUGGUGAGCUAUUCUUUCCCAGCGGCAAAGGGGCACCUUGAGGGCUCAAAAGCAAUCUGAAAAAGGUGAGCACGUGGGAUUUGGAUCUGAAGCCAGUUCUCCUUGUCCAUUUUUGGACCCCCCCCCCUCCCUUUCUUUCGCCAUGUUUGUUCCUCUUCUACCUGGCUGCAAAGGGGAUGUGUUUAAGCAGAAACCUGGUGGCCUUUACGCAUGACAUCCUUGCAUGUUAUCAAAGGGGUGUGUGUGUGAAUCCAGACAAAGGCAAAUGCCUUGGGGAGGAGAUAUGUUGAUGGUAAAGGGGGGGGGGGCAGUGUUGAUAAUCCAAAUGGCCACUAUUAGCCUUUUUCUUUUUUUCUUUCUUUUUUCCCCCCAGACCAGAAAUAGACUUUGAACCCGAGCAUCUUCAUAGUCUUUCUGCUUUUGACCCUUCACCACCCAAGGCCUAUUUUUCCUCACUCUCUCUUUUUGUUUCAUCCUAAAUUAAGAUCCACCAUCACUAUUAUUAUUAUUAUUAUUAUUAUUAUUAUUAUUAUUAUUAUUAUUCCUGGGCCCGUUUACCCAUAGCACGUUUCUACUGAA